CCGGAAAUACCGCGACGCGUCGAGCCUCGCGCAUGCCGCCCCCAUCGUCUCCUUCGUCUCUCCACCCUGGCCCUCUCCGGAUCCUCGCCUCUGGUACCCUCUUCUAUACCUACACGCUUUCCUUGCCCUCCCAUCCUUCGCCGGGGUCGAACAGCAACGUCCGAGCGCAUUCGUACAUCCGCUCAAGGAAUGGCUCGGCCUGCAGCGUCCUAGCGGUCUUAUCUCAGUUUCAGCCUGGGAUUGCGAAUGAGGGUCCGACGGGGGGUGCGGGUAUGGGUGGUGGUGGGGUCGAGGGGUGUUGGUUGAUUGCGAGUCUGGGAGGAAAUGACGAGGGGAAGGAGGUGUUGAGAGAGCUGGACAGGGCCGGAAUCAGCACGAAGUAUUGUAAGAUCUGGGAUGGGGUAGGCGUCCCGGGCGCAUGGGUUCUACAUGCUGAUAAUACAGACACACAAACCGUCAUCAACCAUAACCCUCUCCCCGACAUCACCCACGAAGAAUUCGUCUCCCUCCUCGGCCCAAUCCUCGCCCCAGAGAACUACCCACCCCCUCCUCCUCUCCCCAUCCCCCUCCCUUCUCCUCCUGCCCCCCUCCACUCCCCAUCCAACUCCCCCUUGAACAGCCCGAACCCGAAUGGACAAUAUCAGCACCCGGGCUAUCAAUAUCAGAACCGUCCCCCGGGCUUCAAUCGUAUUUUGCUGCAGUAUGGACCAAGAGUAAGACCGACGUCGCCGGCGCCGUUUGACUGGUUGCAUUUCGAGGGGCGGAGCGUGAGGACUACGUUGACGAAUAUGAUGGGGAUCGAUGGAUUGGCGAGGGAGAGAAAAUGGAGGCGGUAUUGCGUGUUCAGCGUCGACGUCGGUCGUCGGGCUCGUGCGGGAGUCGAAGCCCUCAUCCCCCACGCCGACGUCAUCUUCUUCAACAAACACUACGCCCUCUCGCACUCCUCCACCUCUACCUCCUCAGCCCCAAUAACCCCCCGCUCCUUCCUCCUCUCCCUAACCUCCCUCGCUCCACCCCACGCCCUCCUCAUAGCCCACUGGGGCUCCGAAGGCGCCGCCAUCCUCUCCGUCCCUACAAAGGAAUACCUACAAAGCUCAGCCUGGGAACCCGCCCUGCCCGCCGCGUCUUCGCCGUCCUACUUCGGUCAUACCAGUGAGGAUCUGAUGGAUGUGCGGAGCGUGAGGUCCGGCUCUGAUUUUUUCGCGGCGCCGGGGGAGAGAAGUGAAGAGUCGUGGAGAGCGAGCGGGACGAGCGUUAGUAUUUUCUCGGCUUUGCUUGGGUCGGAAGGGGCGCAUAGUGCGUUGAAGUCGAGCGAGGGGGGCCAUGAGUUGGGGUAUGGGCAUUAUGGGCAGGAUGAUAUUAUGAGGUAUAGGGAAAGGGAGACGGAGACGGAGAGGGGGAGGCGGAGGGACGGGAAGAGGAAGGAGCAGGGGGAUGAGGAUGGGGAUGAGGAUGGGAAUGGGUCGGACGAUUCGCAGGGGACGGAGAUUGCGAAUGAUGUUAGCGGACCGCUCCUGGACGAAGUCGGGGCACAAGACGCGUUCGUGGCUGGGAUGAUAUACGCGUUGAGUCGGCGUUUACUCCCCGGAGGUCCUUACAGUCCCGGGCUUGCGAGUAUGGGGGAUGAGGGUAGUAACUGGCCCGGCGAGGAAAAAGCCAGGUGGAGGUUGGAUGAGUGUCUGAGAUUCGCAACGGAGUUGUCUGGUAGGAAGGCGAGGAAAAGGGGCUGGGACGGGUUGGCGGACGAGAUGAGGAGGGCCGGUUGGUUUUUGGACGGAUAA